GACGACCAGGGCGACCAGCAACAUGCCGCUGCACAAUGUGGCGCACCGCAUGAACGUGGUGCUCACAACUGCAUUCAUGUUCCUCCUCGUCCUUGUGGCCGCCAACUGGCUCUCCCACUUUGCCCUCCGUGCCGAGCCCCGGCUGGCGGUGAGCGUGGCCAAGGUCAACAUACUGACAAGGGAGGACUUUCUGCCAAGGCUCCCAGAUAUGUCGCGCAAGUAUCAGCCGCUGCGGCGCGAUGUGGCCAACGUCUCGCUCGCCAUCUCUAUGGAUCUCACGCCGCUGUUUCAUUGGAACACCAAGAUGGUGUUUGUGUACGCGUACGCAGAGUGGCCGUCAAAGAACAACGCCGUCAACCAGAUCGUGCUCUGGGACGCCAUCGCCCAGUCGGCCGACGACGCUGUCCUCGAGUUCCCGGCCCUUGGCGCCGAGUACCGUCUCUCGGAUCAGGGCUUUGGCCUUCGCGGCAAGACGCUCAACCUGACCGUGGUCUACAACCGCAUCCCGCACACCGGGCCUCUGGAGUGGCGCGAGUACCCGAUGCCGUCAUUCACCAUGCCGGCAGAUUACUCACAAUGAAAGCGCUGCUGCUGUAUCAUCACGUUAACCCACACCUUUAUUG